GGCCAGGUGGGCGAUGGGCGAGAGCAGCGCCUCCUCGAGCACGUAGUCGCAGAGGCCGAGCCAGGGAAUCCCAAAUCCGUGCUGGAUGUAAUCGAUCGCUACACCGCAUCCAAGGGGACGUGGUUCAUGAACAUCGGCGACGACAAAGGCCCCAUUCUCGACUCGGUUGUGGAGCGCUCCAAUCCCCGGCUCGCGCUGGAGCUGGGUGCUUACUGCGGCUACUCGGCCGUGAGAAUCGCGUCGCGGAUGAAAGAUCCAAAUGGGCUGCUGAUCAGCAUUGAGAUGAAUCCCCAGAACGUCGAGAUCGCGAGGAAAAUGGUGGAGAUUGCAGGUCUCUCUGAUAGGGUCCGCGUUCUCGAGGGCACGCUCGAGACUUGCCUUGCGGAGCUCAAAUCGAUCAUCCGCGACGAGCUCCAGCUGAGCGCCAUCGAUCUGGUCUUCAUUGAUCACAACAAGAACGUCUAUCUCAAGGAUUAUCUCCAGCUCAAGGAAGAGGGGCUGCUCAAGAGUGGCAGCGUGAUCGUGGCGGACAAUAUGGGCUUCCCUGGAUCGCCCAGCUUCUGGCGAUACCUCAAGAAGAACGCGCAGGAGCUCCACACCGUGGAGCACCGCUGCAAAUUCGAGUACAUUGGCUGGAUCUCCGACAUUGUCACGGUUUCUACUUGCGUGUAAGAGAACCAGCGCUCUUAAAAGACGUGUCCUUUCCAA